AUGCAGUCGUCAAGUUUUGCUGGAACGGGGGUGUUUCCGCCCCCGCCAGCUUUCUUGCGAGGCAACAACUCCAUUAGGACAGGAAAGCGAGUGGGGCGCCGUCAUCAUCAUUUCACUGAUGAAAACGUUGUGGACCUUCGUAGUAUUGAAACUGGAGUGGAAUGCAGCACUCGUAUGGGACACAGUCGCAGUAACACAGCAGCUGAAGAUCCUCCAUUGCGUGCGCGCCGUCGUAUCCCACAUGGCAGUAACCCACCAACAAAGAUAUUAGACUUUCUUUUCUUGGGUGGCGUUAGUGAUGCAACAAAUCCUGAGUUCCUCCGACGUGAAAAUAUCGUGACCAUUCUGAACGUCUCACGAGAAGAAUAUUGGUCUGUGGACAAGGGAAUUACGAUACAUCCUUUUCCUCUAGAGGACAACGCGGAGGAAAACAUCCGGAAGUUCUUCUCACACACCUACAGGCUGCUGGAGGCUGCGCGCAGUGCGUAUUACAGCUCAAAAAGGCAAUGCGAGCGGUCAACCUCAACAAAUGACGCCGCCACCAAUUCAAAUCUCGAUUACCACAACGGUAACGAGAACGGUAGCGGCUGUAGUGCAGGGACUAAUGUUGUUAAUGGUUACUGUGAGGGCAGUAACGGUGGUACUAGUAGUAAUAUUAACAACUCCAUGAAUGAAGCAACUGACAAUUGUGCGAUUAGUGCUUCUCCUGCCCGGCCGCCUUGUGUGCUCGUGCAUUGCCGGUACGGCAUCAGCCGCUCCGUAACGAUUGUGCUUGCUUAUCUCAUGCGUCGUAACGGAUGGUCCCUUAACGAUGCUCUGCAAUACGUCAUGUGCCGACGACCGCAUGUGGAACCCAACGUUGGUUUCAUGAAUGUUUUGCUUUCGUUUCAGCGGGAUAUGGAUCCACAGAAACGAGACAUCCAACGAAACUUGCUUCCUAUUGUAGUUCGGAACCUUCCCCCUAAUACAUCGUCGUCUGCCGUGCAUAAAUUCUUUGAAGACCGCGUUGGUUGUGUCCAUAAAGUGGCCACUUUUCCAUCUCGUGUUGCCGCAGGAAAUUCGACUCGAGAAAAUACUGAUGGUAACAGCAAGGAUAUUAGUGAUGAGAGCAGCACCAGUGAUUGUAAUGAUGAAAUCAGUUCAGGUGCGAUGUGGCUUGUGGUGUUUGCAACGCCGGACUCCGUACAUUUGGCCCAUCGUUUAUAUCAUAAGCAACCGGAUUUCUUUGCGCCACUCGGUGUUAGUGAAGGGCGCCGCGUGAAAUUAACAGCUCUGAGCAAACUUCAUCGAUCCCCACGUCCCAUCACUGGAGGGGAGUCGUUGGCUAAUGAAUCCUGA